AUGGAGAGAAGGGAGAAAGAGAAAGAGCCUAAAGAUAAAGAUGAAAAAAAGGCAAAAAAAGAUGCAGCUCUUAAAAAAAAGGAAGAGAAAAAGAAAAGGGAUGCCGCCCUUAAAAAAAAGGAAGAGAAAGGAAAAAAGGAUGCCGCCCUUAAAAAAAAGGAAGAAGAAAAAAAGGAAGCCGCUCUUAAAAAAAAAGGAGAGAAAGAAAAAAAGGAAGCUGCCGUUAAGAAAAAAGGAGAGAAGGAAUCCGCUGUUAAGAAAAUUGAUAAAAAAGAAUCGCAGGUGGUUAAAAAGAAAAAGAUUAAAAGUGCAAAACCUGAAGACACGCCAAGUUCGAGCAAAAUGACAAAGAAGGUACUGCCUGGCAAACAACCAAUUGUGUGCCGUAGCAGUGGUACGCAGAAAGUAACUAUGAAAGAAGCGAAAGCCAAAAGUCCAUCAGAUGCCAAAAUUCGAUUUGUGCGGAAAUAUUACGUGGAAAAAACACCAAUCGGUGACAGCUUAUACAAAAAGAAAGAUAGCCAGAAAACUGAUGGAAGCGCCGGCAAAAUUCUUAAACAAAAAAAGAAAAUUAAGCGUCCUAAAGAAAAAAAAGAUUCUGCGGCUAAAAAGAAUGCAAAAAAAGAUGCAGCUCUUAAAAAAAAGGAAGAGAAAAAGAAAAGGGAUGCCGCCCUUAAAAAAAAGGAAGAGAAAGGAAAAAAGGAUGCCGCCCUUAAAAAAAAGGAAGAAGAAAAAAAGGAAGCCGCUCUUAAAAAAAAAGGAGAGAAAGAAAAAAAGGAAGCUGCCGUUAAGAAAAAAGGAGAGAAGGAAUCCGCUGUUAAGAAAAUUGAUAAAAAAGAAUCGCAGGUGGUUAAAAAGAAAAAGAUUAAAAGUGCAAAACCUGAAGACACGCCUAGUUCGAGCAAAAUGAAAAAGAAGGAACUGCCUGGCAAACAAGCAAUUGUGUGCCGUAGCAGUGGUACGCAGAAAGUAACUAUGAAAGAAGCGAAAGCCAAAAGUCCAUCAGAUGCCAAAAUUCGAUUUGUGCGGAAGUAUUACGUGGAAAAAACACCAAUCGGUGACAGCUUAUACAAAAAGAAAGAUAGCCAGAAAACGGAUGGAAGCGUCGGCAAAAUUCUAAAGUUCCUUUACGCCAUUGGUUGCCUGGAAGAGAUCGCUAUGAAGAGUGAUACGGCCGCCAAAUUG